UUCAAUGCCCAACAAAAUCUUCCCUAUUACCCAAAUUCAAUCGCAAACACCAAAAUCAGAAACUUUAGCUUUCUUCAAUGAAACGGAGUUCACCAGAUUCUCCGGUCGCCGGCUCCGACCAGAAAAUGAAGAAAAUUAAAGAAGAAGAUGAAGAUGGAAAAACUGGGUUGAUGAAUUUAGAUGAAAAUCUUUUGUACGAAGUCUUCAAGAACGUCGAUGCGAGGACUUUAGGUAGGGCCUCGUGUGUAAGCAGGCUGUGGAGCCAAACCGCCAAAGACGAGCGGCUUUGGGAGCUGAUCUGCACUAGGCACUGGGCUAACAUCGGCUGUGGAACUCAACAGCUUAGAUCUGUUGUUUUGCCACUCGGCGGCUUCCGGCAGCUUCACUCGCGUUACCUUUGGUCGUUUUCCAAGCCGCAAACCGCUUCGGCUUCGUCUUGGGCUCCGCCCAAGAUUAUUAGCUCCAAACCGCCUGCUGGAUGGGGGAAAGAUGAGGUUAAUCUUUGCUUGUCUCUUCUCUCUAUUCAGUUUUAUGAGAAGAUGAAUAAUAGAGGCAGGUAGAUAAAUCUCAUUAAUUACUUACUACUAUUACUCUAUAGCUUUAUAUAAUAAGUGAAUCAUAUAUCACUUAAUUUCUCUUUUCUCUAGUUUUGGAUUUUGUUUUG